AUGGGCAAUGCAUUUAGAAGACAGACACCAGUUAAUUAUCCUGGAUAUGGGGGAGAAUUUGGCGGAAAUUAUGGUGGCGGUUAUGGUGGAAAUUAUGGUGGGGAUUAUGGGGGAAGUUGUUCCGAAAGACCUGGAAAUGGAUGCUUUGCACCACAGCGUCCACCGACUCGUUAAUAAUAUUAUCGCAUUGUUAUAAAAUUCAAAAUAUUUUAUUUAAAACUUACGGUUUUUUUUAUUAAUUAACUCAUCUACAUUUAUGCUAGGAGAUCGAUAAAAUCUAUCUUCUUAACGUGGUUUUUCUUUUGAGUAUUCAAAAUUCUUUCUCCUCCUUUUGACGUCAAAAUCUUUGUAUAUCUUUGAGUCCUAAAAGCUAUUUCUUUUUCUAUCAGAACUGGAUAAAUGAACUAGUCUUUUUUAAUUGAAUCAAAUAAUACUCGCUAUUUUUCUUUAUAAACAUCUUUUAAAAGACUUAUAAACAUAUGCGGUUUAAAUAUAAAAACUUUCUGCACAUUUGAUAGAUGAUUUCAAAUAAAGUUUUACAAAUGAAAUCAAUCAUAUAUCCGUACAAAAUUACCAGAGACAAGACUACAGUGGAAAACGGCGAUUUAUUUACUUUUAAAGUACCGAAUAGUACCAAUCUACUUUUUUCUCUUCGACUAUAUUCAUAGAUUGACACGCAAGUUAUAACAUGUAUAUGUUGGAAACUAUAAAUUUGUUAUCGAUUGAAAAAUCAAAAAGACUGUUCAACUAUUAUACAUAUUAGGAAACUCAAUUCAAUUCUUAAUAUUAUUUUCUACAACAGCAAUUAUUUUAUAUCAUAUAUUUGAACUUUAUAAUAACUUAAUUGAACAAACAGGUUUUUCCUCGAAUGAAUCGAUCAAAUUAAUUUGAAAUUGAUUCAAAUGUUUAUUAAUAUGAAUCAAGUAGAUUUGCAACAAAAAAGAGUUAUAUAAAUUAUGAUUUUCGAAAUAAUAAUAAUAACCUCCUUUGAAAAUUGUUUUUUCCGCAUUAUUUUCACAUCAUUUGAUUGAAUUUGAGGCACUAUCUCAGGAAACACUGCCGUCUAGCUAUAGUGAAUACUUCUGUCUAGUCGAAAAAUACGGCAUACUCGAAGGAUUUCGGUUUUUCGAGAGAAAUACAUCGCUUUCGAAAUAUACAAAAGUUUUAACGCUCUUUCAUCUUUCUAACUUCUCAAAAUAAUUUUUUUAGAUUCAGUAUGAAAAAGUAAAUUUAAGAUUGUUAUUAAAUCGCUUUCAGGUCAAAAACUCGAUUGGUACUACCGAUUGAAAGUCUCAUCGAGUCCAAUACAUAUGUGUUUCCUAGGAUGAUAAAAAAGGAGGGAGGCAAUUUGAGGGUGUGGGUGUGAGGGUGUGGGUGUGGGUGUGGGUGUGGGUGUGGGUGUGGAUGUAGGUGGGUGUGGAUGUAGGUGGGUGUGG